AUGGACAAGGCUCAUCCACUAAGUUUCCCAAUGGUGAUACGAUCACUAAACAUAAAAGAUGACCCAUUCCGUCCAGAAGAAGAAAACGAAGAAAUUUUAGGCUCUGAAGCGCCAUACUUGAAUGCCAUUGGUGCUUUAAUAUACUUAGCAAAUAAUACAAGACCUGAUAUAGCAUUUUCUUCAGGAAAUAAUGCCAUACUUAUUGGAUAUGCUGAUGCAGGAUAUCUAUCUGAUCCACAUAUGGCCAAGUCACAAACUGGAUAUAUAUUUACAUAUGCAGGAACCGCAAUAUCUUGGAAAUCAACGAAACAAACUCUAACAGCUACAUCCUCAAAUCAUGUAGAACUUAUAACUUUAUAUGAAGCCAUUCGAGAGUGUGUAUGGUUGAGAUCCAUGAUUGACAAACUCCAAGAAGAUUGUGGUUUAAACGAUACAACUAGGGCACCAACUACAAUUUAUGAAGAUAAUGAUAAAGAUAAAAAGAUAAAAGUCCAAGAAAUUCAAUCAUGUGAAAACCCCGCUGAUUUAUUCACAAAGUAA